UACAGAACUGCGAUAUCUGUUCUUAGCGCAGAGCUACGAAUUCGUAAACUUCGUGCUUCCAAUUUUUUCAGUCCUACCUAUUUUCGAACGUUCUUUUAAAAAAUUCGGACUCUAAACGAAAAUUCCACUUCCAACAGUCACUAGAAAUUAACAUUCUCUCUCAAGUUCUAUAAAUUCAUUAAAAUCGGCCCAGUGGUUAUCUCAGAAAAACGUUUCUGCGUUUUACAUGUAUUUGAAUAGACGGAAUCGGAGUUGGGACCGAGCUAAAACUUCCUCUUCAGUCCCAUUUGCAUUUCGAAGGUUAUCGAAGCAGCUUCUGUCCUCACGCAUGCGUGUGUGGUCUAUAUACCGUCUUGGUUUAGUGGGGACGUGCUGCGUCAUCGACUACGAUAAAAUAUUGAGCAGUCUAGCCACUGAAACGCAGUGUCUUCGUGUUUUGGCAAAUGGUGUGACCUAACAUUUCCUGUUGCCUGUUGCUGGUAAUGGUAAUGAAGCGAACGGCUGAAUAACGCCCGCGCAAAAAAAAAAAGAAAAAAAAAGAAAAAGAACUAUAUAAGAAACCCCUCAGUUGAAAGGGCGAUCUCGGUUUCGAAAGUCUGUUCUUAUACGUCGUUUUAAAUUUUUUUUUCUUUAUUGAAUAGCGUCGCAUGAGAAUUAUCGGCACUUACAAGAUUUAUAGGCAAUUUUCGGUCGUCACGCUGCAAUUUUGGGGCUUAGUUUUAUGGCUGUUGUCGUUAUCGCUUUCUCAUUAUUAUGCAGGCUCAACCAUGAGCAGAAGGGCAGUGGCCAAAGUCAGGUGCAAAGCCUACCAGUGGCCAGACGGACCUAGUCUUCGGCCGUUUAUUCCUUGUGAGGAACGGGUGUAUCCUUAGGUCGUCGCGAUCGGAACAUCGUCCAGCGACGCUCGGAGCUAUGUGUGUUUAGCCCUAUCGUCGCCUUUCGCUGCACUCGCCCCGAGUAGCGCCACUGGUUCAGCACUUUCUGCUCAGCACUCGGCUGGCGCGUGCCUGAAAUAAUGGUCCAGAGCGAGCGUCCGAGCGAAACGUCGCCCCUUCUGCCCAAGUCUCCUGACAUUCAGCACAACUCGCCUCCAGGCAGCCAUGGAUCACCAAAUGCUGUGCAGCUCAAGAAGAAGCUCGGUCUUGCCAAUGGCGUAUCGAUGAUCGUUGGCACGAUUGUCGGGGCCGGCAUUUUUGUGUCGCCUGCUGGCGUUGUCCGUUAUGCCGGAUCCGUGGGCAUGUCUUUGGUCGUGUGGGUACUUUCGGGCGCUGCCUGUUUCAUUGGGGCACUAUGUUACACUGAACUGGGCACCAUGAUUCCAAAGUCAGGAGGAGACUACGCUUACAUCUCGGCUGCAUUUGGGCCUUUCGCCGCGUUUCUUCAACUCUGGACGAAUCUCGUAAUAGUGCAGCCGGCUGGCAAUGCUAUCGUAGCGCUCACGUUUGCGAACUACCUGCUACGACCGUUCUACAAUGACGUGGAAUGCAUCCCGCCUCCCUUGGCCCUCAGGCUCUUAGCAGCCAUUGUCUUAUGUUUACUUACCUUUAUCAACUGCUACAAUGUCAAGUGGGCAACAUUUGUUCAAGACUCCCUCAUGUUUGCUAAGGUCAUCGCUUUGGUCAUCAUCAUUAUCGCAGGCUUUGUGCACCUUGGUCAAGGUAACAUAGGAAACCUCCAGAACAUGUUUGAAGGGACAACUACGGAUCCUGGGCUCAUUUGCUUGUCAUUUUAUUCUGGUCUCUUUUCCUACGCAGGAUGGAACUACUUGAACUUUGUAACUGAGGAAUUGAAGAACCCUUUUAGGAACUUGCCAUUUGCUAUCUACAUUUCAUUACCCAUGGUGACAAUCAUAUACCUCCUUGCCAAUGUGUCCUACUUCGUUGUCCUCACUGCUGAUGAAGUUCAGUCAGCAAAUGCCGUGGCUGUGACAUUUGGGGAGAAAGUUCUUGGUGUGAUGUCGUGGAUUAUGCCAGUCUCUGUGGCACUUUCUACAUUUGGAGGCCUCAAUGGUGGAAUAUUUGCAUCCUCUCGGUUAUUUUUUGUAGGUGCAAGACAGGGACACCUGCCUACUUGCCUUGCAAUGAUCAAUGUGUCCCACUUUACACCAGCUCCCAGCCUAGUCUUCUUGUGCCUUCUCAGCCUGCUGUACCUGACAAACACUGACGUGUUUGUUCUAAUAACAUACACUGCCUUCAGUGAGGCCAUGUUUAUAAUGCUGUCUGUGGGUGGGCUCCUUUGGCUUCGGAUAAAACAGCCCAAUACAAAACGACCAAUUAAGGUGAACAUCAUACUGCCCGUGUUGUUCUUCCUCAUAUCGCUGUUCCUUGUGGUGCUGCCAUUCUUCAGCCAGCCCCUGGAAACAUCCAUUGGUGCUGGCAUAAUGCUCUCUGGAAUCCCUGUUUACUUCCUCACAAUCUACUGGAAGGAUAAACCCCUUGCUUACAGAAGGACAAUUCGUGUGGUGACAGAGUAUGUGCAAAAGAUAUUGUACAGCGUUCCGCAAGAAGACAAGGUGGGAUCGGAUUAGCAGCGUGCAUCAAGGACAAUUCCCAAGAAACGACGCUUUGGCUCGACUCGAUAUAUAUAUAUAUAUAUAUGGAAAUUCUGUGCUUCUGAGGCGCAUCAGUUCGUGUGCUAGCCUCGUUUAUAGAAAAAAAAAAGCGUAUCUGUAAGAGUUAUUGCAAUAGAUUUGCGUGCGAAUAUGUAUUUCCUGGUGUUAAAAUGCAUUUUAAAAGAGCAGAAUAAGAACAUGGGUUUACGUAAACUUUUAUUUUUGUAUCUGCGGGACUUAAGUAAAUUUGUUUCCGAAUUUAUUCUUUUCUUUAUGAUAAUAUAUCCUGCAAUUCAUGCCUUAUUUUGUAUUUGAAGGCUUUGUGCUUAUGCAUGUGUUGUUUCUUGUUGACAAUUUCGAAGGAUGCUGCUCUGUAUAUUGCUAUAAUGAGGUGGUACACUGUAAAGAACAGCUUAUGCGUCAUAUCUUUGCGGUACUUAAGUUUUUCUGCUAGAAACGAAUACCGAGUUGUCUAAAAAAGUGCAUUUCUGUUGUUCAAACAAAUAAGUGUUGAUGUAUUGGGAUUGUACUGUGCUCUUGUAUAUGGGUUUAUAGGUCAUUGGAUAAGAAGGGAACAGAUGAAGACAUAAAAAUUACGUACAGGAUUCCACCACAGCCACUCCUCAAUUUUUUGGCGCAUUAUGUUAUUUUUCUCGCUAACAGGUGCAAAUCACGUGCUUUGCUCGUGAAAGCAACCAAAUUUGUAUCUCUCGCGCUUAGUUUCUGUAAGUGUGGGAUAAGGUUGCGUCUGACAUUUUCUGACCACAAAUGCAGUUUAGCUUACUGCAAUUAUCUUGUAUUUAGUCACGUCUACUAUUACUCAUUUCAACUUGGAAAGUGGGGAGAUCUGGCGUUGUAAAAAUCGGAUCUUUUCAUGCUGGCUUGUGUUAUGAGCAUUAAGCAUUUUUUAUGUUUCUGUUAUCAUAUUCACGUACAUUUUUCUCUUCUUGAGGAUACAUCGCAAAUCAAGUAGAAUACUGUGUAUUUUUGUUACCAUAUAUGCAACGAAAUUGUAUCCGUGCAGUUAGCGUAAUUGCUCAGAUUUAACUGUAGUUAAAUGGCAGCAUAGUGCAGUUUUGACUGAGUUAAAGGUUAUUUGGUUUCUUUUAAUUGUUCUUCUGUCGCCAAUAUUAUGGAAGUGUUCUUACAUAAAUGAAAAAAAGGUAUCGCGAUUCUAUGUGCGAGUGUUCAAAUAUUAACACUUCAAGGGGCACUGCGAUGUCUUUUGUUUUGUUUUGUAAAGUACAUUCUUUCGUUACUUCCGUCUGUAUUAUGAGUACUUGCUGUAUUUGCACUGACUUGAGGGACAAGAGUCGUAUUCCUGUUUCUGCUGCGCUCUGUAAAGAAGCGAGCGCAGUGCGAAUGAUUGAGAGCAUGAUAUUUCUAUUCGUUCUGUACGUGCUGACGAGCACAACCAAGCACUCGCGAAAACAAACGCAUCUGUGAACUGUUCAAACCACGGCGCAGUGCUCGGUACUGACAGCCCGUUUGUUGUGAGUGCGGAUGACGUGUGUACAUAUAUGUUGUUGUAAUGAAGUGCUCGUAGCAAGUUGAUGCCUUAUAGUGUGGGCUGGCGCUCUUCUGCUAUUUCCUUUUUGUAGAUAAAGCCACUGUUGCUUGUAUUUUAGUGUUUGUAUUCGGAAUGCAAGAAGUAGACUUUCUCCAAAACGCCGUUGACAAAAUUUUAGAAACUCCAUGAUCUGCACGGACUAGGACGUUACUGCCUGGAUUUUGUGAACACGAGUGGCUUUCAAUUCGAGCGUUCACUUUUGGUCGGUGAACUUUCAUUGAGUCAAAUUCAAGUACUUGUGUUUCUGAACAAGGGCGCGAAGUAGUGUUGUUUUUGUUAAUCAUAAUUAACCUGCUAUACAUUAUGACUACGCUUUCAAUUCAACAUAGAGUUAAGCAGGAAAGAUCACUGCUAAGACUUCCUGCUAAAUGCCAGCGUGGACUUGUGAUGACUCACUUGGUAGGGAUUGUGAUAUCCUCGAGUAGGUUUGGGCUGGCACAAGACUCUUUACAUAAAUAGUGUUUAUGUAUUUGCAUGUUGCUACUAUGCUUUAUUUUUGUUAGUUCUCAAUGAUAUUGACCACAUAAAAGCUUGUCAAACCUUUCCCGGCUGUGCUGGAAAUUUGGAGACAAUUAUUUUGUGUGGUGCCAAAUAGUGACUUUCAGUGUUUCUUAAAGACAAGCGGAACCCAAAGGGACCAUAUGAAUGUGAAUUUAUUUUGUUUAUAUUUUUUUUUUUGCCCCACACUACGUUGCCAAAGCGAAAUGGACUGUUUGUUGGGGAAAGUUGUGUUGUUGUUGCCUUUUUCUUCUCACAUGUGGUUGCCCUCCUUGGCGAGGUACGUGGUGAAUAUUUAGGCAGAGCGUGCUAGAAAUGUCACGUUGAUUAUGCAGCUUUGUUCACCUGCUUGCCGUUGCGCAUACGUGCCGACAAUUCGGAGGGAGCCCCUGACCCUCAGGUCACCCGUACCGCUGGCGAUUUUCCUGACGCGAAAUUUGAUUGCCGCUAGCUAUUGCGCAAGGCCGAGUCGUACUUAGCGCUGGUAUGCUGCACUCGCUCGAAAUAGCUUUGAGCAGCAGCUGUACAUCUGAAAGACGCACACAGUCGGAAGUGGAAAACGCCUGGAAGUAACUUUUGCCGGACGGACCGCCAUUUGCCUUGCUGAAGCCUCCAGGAGUGUCGCAAAGUGCCUGAGUUGUUUGCCCUGUGUGUGUGUGGUCUUUUUUUUUUCUUUGCGCUUUGCUAGAGUCUGAAUGUUCUUCAAAUUUUUCAUCGCUGUUUGUGGAUUUGUGCUCGUUCGAACGCUCUCACGCUUGUUCUUUCCCGUCCCUAUGUUCUUAUAUUUGGCAGCGGUAUGUGUGCCUUCGGUUUUAGCAUUUGCUUUCGUCGCUCAUGAUGCACAAAUGUUUCUGACACUAGAGAACACGCUAUUUUUGAUAGCACACCUUAGUGCUGUCGUUGUUCACGAUGCUGUUCAAGCUUUCUUCGUGUGAAAGUGUCUUGCAUGACUGACUGGCUACUCUCAUUGUGUACUGCCGGGUACUGGACAGUAUGCUUAUGUACUGUCAACAAAUGUUGAAGCUGUACUGUUUGAGUAGUUUGCAUCGGUUCUAAACACAUUGCUACCAAAGGUGCCUUAUUGAGUGGAGGAUGAGAAGUGUGGGAUGAUAAGAGAUUUCGUUUGCAAACGCGAGUCAUUCUAGGUAUGCCGGGAAAUAAAAUUUUUUUCAACCUAAGAA